AUGCAUGUUCAAUUUAAUAUACCAAACAAUAAUCUUACUUAUCGUCAUAUGAAUCAAAAAGUCAAUUUCUAUGGUACUGCACAACGUAAAACAAGUUAUCCUUAUCGUAAAUUUCAAACAGGUUCAACAACUACUUUCUCUGGUUAUACUGAUAUAUCAAAUCAUAAUAAUAAAAAAAUAAACUCAAGACCAUCAAAUUUUAAUAAUAAUAAUAAUAAUUUAUCAAAAAUUAGUACGACAAUACCAUCACUUAUGUCUCUUGAUUGUUUUCAAAAACCAUCACGUCGUAAUUAUCGUACAAUUCAACAUGCUGAACAAUAUAAAAAUCGAUCAACAAUGUUUCCAUAUCACAUAAUAGAUGAUAAUAAAAAUGUAAAUCAUUUAUCAAUAUCAAAAAAUAAAUUUAAUGGAUUAAUAUUAUCAGAUUCAAUGUGUAAGUAUGUACGAUCUAACCAAGUAAGUUCAGAUAAUAUGCAGGUAAGUAUAUCUUUUGAAUCAGGCUGUGAUUGCAGUCGAAUGCUCAAUUUUUUAGAACAACAACAAAAAAUAAUUCAAAAUAAAAUGAUAAAAGAAACUGAUUUUCUUAUUUUUUCUUUAUGUACAAACGAUGUUGCUAAUCUAGGACCAGAUAAUGCUAUUCAAAAUUGUCGUUUCUUAAUCGAACGUACAAGACAAAUCUUUCCUCAACUAAAAACUAUCGGCUGGUUAACACUUUCUCCAAGAUGGAAGCCAUCGAAAUUAUUUAAUUCUUUAGAUAUUGAUAAAAAUUAUAAAAGAUUUAAUCAAUUACUUAAAAAUUUAUCUAAUGAAAUGAAUUUUGAAAUUAUUAAUGCCAAUUUACAACAUCAACAUAUGCAUCAAGAUGGUCUACAUCCAUCAAUAACAUCAGGUCGUAUUCUCAUUGAAAGAGCACUACAUAGAUGGUUAUUCAAACAAAAAAAUAGUUUCUCACUUUCUACUUUAGAUAAAGAUGAAAAUAAUCACUUACCAACACCUAAAAAUUAUAAUGUACAUUUAAAUCAAAAUAAGAACCAUUACAAUCGAACUAAAAUAUAUCACCAAAUUAAUCAGCAACAACAACAACAAGAUACAACUAACAACUAUUUAUCAUUAAAAAAACCACAGUUUAAACGAAAUAAUUAUAGAAACAAUAUUAAUAUUAAUAAUAACGAUAAUAAUAAUGAUAAAUGUAAUAAUUAUACAAUAAACCAACAAAUACCAAGUAAGACCUUAAUCAAUCACUAUCCACAUUUUUUAAGACAUAAGGCAGAAUUUGAACGAAAGAUCAGCAUACCUACAGACUUAGAAAGUAAAAAAGAAGAUAUUUUCAUUUUAAGUAAUAUACAUUAUCAGACAGAAUACUUUAAAGUAGAAGCAGAAAAAUGA